CUCAGAUCAGGUAUUUUAUAAUGGAACAAUUUUAAUCACUAAAAGAGCUAAUAGAACAAAAAAAGUAAUAAUAAAGAAAUCAUACAUCAAUAUAAGAAUAAAAGUAGAAGGUUGAAUAGGAAAGAUAAAGAUUAUUGUAAGAAUAACGAGAAAGAGAAAGAGAAAAGGUAUUUAUAUGAAUAAAUUGAAAUUAGCAUGAAAAAUUAGUAAAGAAGUUGAAGAUAUAAGAUGAAUAUUAUAAAACAAAAGAUAUUGAAAGUGUGAAAAUAAAAAGAUUAGAUUAACAAUGUAUAAACUCUGAACGUGAUAAAACAUAGUAGGAUGAAAUUUAAAUUCCUCAUGAUCUUCCACCUAUAGAAAAAAAGGAAGUUUAAAAAAGAUUAAGAGAUUUAGGAGAGCCAAUUACAUAUUUUGGUGAGAGUGAUUGGUAAAGAUAUAAGAGAUUAAUGUAAUUUGUUUAAGAGAAGAAAGAAAAUAGUCAGAAAGAAUUAGAAAUAAAGAUUUUAGAAGGAGAAGAUAAAGAAGAAAUAAAAGUGUUUUUGAAUAAAAUAAAGGAAAGAAAUUUAGAUCCAAAUACAGCGCUUGUUCCAGUAUUUUAGUGUAGAGGAAAAGAAGAAAUUGAAUAAUAAUUAUUAGAUGGAGUAUCAUUAUUAACAAGAUGUGAAGAUGUUUAUUUAUGGUGUAAGAAAAUGUUAAGAGAAUGGAAUAUUAAGUUACUAGAUAAAUUUAAUACUGAAACUUAGAAAAGAAGUUUAGAAGGUUCUUAGGCAUUUAAUUCUUAUAAAUAAACUCUAGAUUAUAUAAAGCCAUUAACAGAAUAAUUGUAGAAGGCAAAAAUGGUAUAAUCAAUAAAUGAAGAGAUAUUGAAUGCAUUAUAUUUAAUCAUAAGAUUUUGUGUAUACAAAGAAUAUGUUAGAGCAUAUGAUAAAUAUUUAGAAUUGGCAAUAGGGAAUGCUCCAUGGCGUAUGAUUAUUUAAUGAUGAAUUUAGCUAUGGGUGUAACAAUGGUUGGUAUACAUGAAAGAACUGGAAGAUCAAAGAUUUCAAGCUCUUAAAUAGCUCAUAUCUUAAAUGAUGAAACUUAGAGAAAAUACAUAUAGGCUAUUAAGAGAUUGAUAACAGUUUCAUAAAAGACUUAUCCAAGUAAUGAUCGUAGUAAAAUGGUUGAUUUUAGAACAGAAUAUGCUUGGUGAUAUAGCAAUAUGUUAAUCAACAAUUUAAAAU